UACAUGCCCGGCAUAUGAAAGGUGAAUCUGAAGAACGUUUCGAGCCGCCAAACACAGAGAUUCUCGGAGGGCGCAAGCUGAUGAAUAGAUAUGAAGUUAGGAAAGUCAAGCGCUGAACAGUAAGCCCAGAAAGGCAAAAAAAAAGAUCGCGAUGUGGUGGGGGCGGCAUCGCUUGCAAAUGGGAUACUGAAUCCGAGAGAGUCUAUUCGAUAUUGUGUUACAGUCAAAGCCCACGCCGCUUUACUUGUUUGAAGUUUUAGAUAUUUCUAGGAAUCGCCGAUUCAUCCGCAAACCCGUGGACAAACCGAAACUGCUGUUCCGGAUUCUGGGUGUCUCUUGCAUUCACACCUUUUCACAAUUCAAACCAGUGUGAAGCCAUCUUUUAUUUUGUUCUUUUGCCCCUCGAAGAAGAGGAUCGAGAACGAGGGUUCCAAGAUUCGUUUGUAAAGUCCCCAGGAAUCUCCCCCUUAUCCACUUCCAGACACCCCCAGCCUCUACAAGUUUUUGGGUCAACAAUGUUGAUGUGAGGGUAUCUUUCACGUAAGUGGCUCUCGUUCUACCGGUGUGAAUGAACACUAAAGUGACCUUGCAAUGAAGAUGACGACGACGCUGAAAGACCACUCAAGCUCACGAUUUCCAUCUGUUUGGGAGGAAUUGAGAAAUGGGUACCGUCAAUGAAGAUAGAUCACCAACAAACAAGGGAAAGUAUGCGGCGAUGGUCGUGUGUUGGCUUCUGGGGAACGGCUGCCUGUUUUCAUGGAAUAGUAUGCUAACAAUAGAAGAUUAUUAUGGCUACUUGUUUCCGAAAUACCACCCCUUAAGAGUUCUAACUCUUGUCUACCAACCUUUCGCACUUGGAACACUUGCGGUAUUAGCAUACAAUGAGGCAAAGAUCAACACUCGACGGCGAAAUCUAUUUGGAUAUCUUCUUUUCUUCAUUAGCACUCUUCUGGUUCUAGUUUUGGAUUUAGCUACAUCUGGGAAAGGAGGGAUAGGAACUUUUAUUGGAAUAUGCGCCAUCAGCGGUGCUUUUGGAGUUGCAGAUGCUCACGUGCAAGGUGGAAUGGUUGGAGAUCUUUCUUUUAUGCGACCUGAAUUUAUUCAGUCUUUCCUUGCUGGUUUGGCUGCAUCCGGUGCCUUAACUUCAGCUUUGAGGUUAAUUACAAAAGCUGCAUUUGAGAAUUCUAAGGAUGGUCUGCGCAAGGGAGCUAUUAUGUUCUUUGCAAUAUCUUCAUUUUUUGAACUUCUCUGUGUUCUGCUCUAUGCUUUCAUCUUUCCAAAACUACCAAUUGUCAAAUACUACCGCUCAAAGGCAGCUUCUGAGGGAUCUAAAACUGUGUCAGCAGACCUUGCUGCUGGCGGUGUUCAAACAUUACCUCACCAAGAAGCUGAGGAGGAUCCAAAGCAGCUUGAGCGUUUGAGCAACAAAGAGUUGCUAAUCCAGAACAUCGAUUAUGCUCUUGAUAUGUUUUUGAUCUAUGUGUUGACGCUGUCUAUUUUCCCGGGAUUCUUAUCUGAGGAUACCGGAUCCCACAGUUUGGGUGCAUGGUAUGCACUUGUACUGAUCGCAAUGUACAAUGUGUGGGAUCUCAUAGGGAGAUACAUUCCGCUCAUAAAGUUUCUUAAAAUUGAGUCAAGAAAAGGGCUCAUGGCGGUGAUCCUCUCCCGUUUCCUUCUGAUUCCCUCAUUUUACUUCACGGCUAAGUACGGGGACCAAGGCUGGAUGAUAAUUCUCACAUCGUUCUUGGGGUUAUCCAACGGUUACCUAACUGUUUGUGUCCUUACUUCCGCACCAAAAGGCUAUAAGGGUCCGGAGCAAAAUGCUUUGGGAAACCUGCUCGUGUUGUUUCUUUUAGGGGGCGUAUUUGCAGGAGUGACGCUGGAUUGGUUGUGGCUCAUAGGCAAAGGCUGGUGAAAUUGAUCUUGGUGAACUGACCGUAGGAGCUAUACUCUGCAUUAUGGGAAGUGUUCAUCUGACAAAGUACACUGUGGUUAGCCAUCAGAUGAGUUCUUGAGCAUUCAUUCAAACAUCGCCUCUUGAUCAUACGUCUCGUAAUUUAUUUUGUACAGUCUAUGUGCGUAAGUGAUGAACCUCAAUCCAUACCAUUGUUUUAGUACAAAAAACAUGUCUUUAUGAAUUGUGCAGUUCUCCUUGAGGCAAAACACCACCCUGCAUAAGUUGGUUUUCUUGCCUGGUAUGAUUUUGCAUAUCGCGUCUAUCCACGUGUACUUUACGUGGCCUUCAUCUGA